CCCUUACUGUCCGGAAACUUUUCAAGGGGAAUAUAUGUUUAUAAAUUAUAAGGAAAAAGUAUGACCGAAAUUCCGACGUGAAUGUAAACACAUGUGAUACACGCGUGACGAGUCGUUCGUCAUUGUCUCUAGUUGUUUUCUUUUCCUUCUCCUCUGCAUUCCUUGGGCUCCGUGUAUUACGAUUCUCUUUAGAUGUUUUCGAAUUCGGAUCGCGCUACAUAAUCGUUAUCAAAAUGGAUAAUCAAGUUGUUUAUGAUGAAAAUAUGGCAGAAGAAUUAAAGCGUAUUCGUGAUUAUUUAAUACCUUUGAAAGGUGACUUGAUUAAAAUAGAAGUGGGACUUGCGGAAGGUACGAAUAUUAAGCAUUUCUUGUACAGUUCUCAAGAGAGGGCACUAAAUGCCCUUAAAGACGUAGAAAAGAUGCUGUACAACAUGAAUGUGAACAUAAGUGUACCUCAAGUUGCUCUUGGACCUUUACGAGUCAAUGUCCAAAGACAUCAGCAUUUUCAGUAAAACUGUAUGCAACUAAAUUAAUAGUUUUAUGAUGAUAGCAUAUGAUGAUGAUGGCCUUUGAAACAUACUUUUCCAUUUUCUUUUUGGCGUGGAUUCCGGCAGCCACUUCUGGCAGCAGAACUGAGAUUAAAGGAUUCCACGCAUUUAAUCGCGAAAAGAUGUACAAAAUUACAUAAAUAUAUAAUUAUAUCUAUCGAAGUAUUAUAACAUAUAUAAAUCAA